CAUAACAAACAUUAAUCACCCGCCAUUUCAUCAUUCCCAAAAAUCUAGAUUUCUACUUUACUAGAAAUGGCCGCCAGAUUGAGCAUGUUGCCAGAAGACUGUAUUUCCACUGUUUUAUCACUAACCUCUCCAUCAGACGCAUCUAGAUUUAUGCUUGUAUCUUCUUCGUUACGGUCCGCUGCUGAAUCCGACAUCGUUUGGGACAGAUUCUUGCCGUCUGAUCUACCUCGUAUUCUCUCAAGAUCACACACUCAACUCAAUGUUUCUUCUAAGAAAGAAUUGUUUUUCCAGCUCUGUAGUUGUAUUCCUAUGGAUGGUGGAAUCAAAAGCUUUUCAUUAGACAAAGUAAGUGGGAGAAAAUGUUGGAUUCUGUCAGCAAGAGCACUUUCUAUUUCUUUAAGCAACGAACCAAAUCAUUGGACUUGGACUGCCAAUUCUACCUCAAUAUUUUCUGAGGUAGUUGAGCUAAAAACAAUAUCCAACAUGGAAAUUGAAGGAAGGAUACAGACCGAAGAUUUAUCUACUAACACAACAUACGGUGCUUAUCUUAUAGUUAAGGUUUCUGAUCACUCAUUUGGGUUAGACGCUAUUCCAUGUGAGACAUCGAUCUCAAGCGGGACAUGCUCGGUUACCAACACAACAUAUUUAUGUCCUCUAGAUGAGCAAAAACAACAGUUAGAAUUGCUGUUUUUCAUGAACCGGAGACAAAUGAUGGAGAAACGGGUAGUGGAAGGAGAAUGCCAACGACCGAGCAAGAGAGGAGAUGGAUGGAUGGAAAUCGAAAUUGGGGAAUUCUUUGUUGGAGAAAAAAGUGAGGGUGUGAAAAUGAAUUUAACGGAAGUGAAGGGUCAACAACUAAAAGGAGGACUUAUCAUUGAAGGAAUUGAAGUUAGGCCUAAAUGUGAACAACUAUAACUCUAUAAGACCAACCAGAUUCGUUUAUUGUCUCCUAACAAAUUUGUUUAAUUACUUACUAGGUUAGAACCCCGUGUAUUACACGGGUUGAAUAAAUAUAAUUUUAUAUAUU